AUGCGCCCGGUGUCUACAACAUGGAGGCGGUUUGGCCUGCAACACAGGCGCUACUUCUGGUCCUCACCUCGCAGGCUGGACAACUAUGCCUUCAUUGGCUUAGGGCAGAUGGGAUUCAAAAUGGCCCAGAAUCUCCAAGCCAAACUCUCUCCAAGUGACAAUCUGAGGAUAUUCGACAUUAAUCGUGAGGCCGUGCAGAAGCUGGCCGGGGAAAUGGCAGCUUCGCAGGCUGGAGGGGCAUCUGUGGAACUGGCGGAAAGUGCAGCAGAUGCCUCCAUGGAAGCAGACGUCACGAUCACUGCGCUCCCCGAGCCAAGUCACGUCAAAGCCGUAUACGCCUCAAUCCUGGAAGCCAAGCCAAGCCCACGGCCGGCCUCGCGUCUCUUCAUUGACUGCUCCACCAUCGAUCCCUCGUCCUCACAAGAGGUAGCCGCCCUCGUCGCAGAGGCAUUCCCUGGUGGAAAAGCACACUUCGUCGACGCGCCGAUGUCAGGCGGGAUCGUUGGUGCGGCAGGAGGCACGCUGACAUUCAUGCUGGGGGCACCGACCGACCUCGUCCCAAGGAUAGAGCCCAUCCUCAGGCGCAUGGGCAAAAACGUGCUGCACUGCGGCAAGCAGGGGACGGGGCUGUCAGCCAAGCUCGCGAACAAUUACCUGCUCGCCAUCAACAACAUCGCCACGGCCGAGGCCAUGAACCUUGGCAUUCGCUGGGGCCUGGACCCAAAGGUGCUGGCGGGCGUCAUCAACGUCAGCACGGGCCGGUGCUGGCCCAGCGAGGUCAACAACCCGGUGAGGGGCGUCGUGGAGAAGGCGCCUGCGAGCAGGGACUACGCUGGCGGGUUCGGCAUCUCGCUGAUGCGCAAGGACCUCAAGCUCGCCAUGGUGGCAGCGAAGGAGGCGGGCGCGAGGCUCGAGCUUGCAGACCCGGCCAGAGAGCUGUACGAGGCUGCUGAGAAGGAUGAGAGCUGUAAGGGCCGCGACUUUAGUGUGGUCUAUAGAUGGCUCGGAGGCAAGGAAUGA